AUGAAGGGGUUUUUCUCCAAAGGCUCGAAGAAUGGGGCCUCCAACCCCCCGGCUGCAGCGCCGCCCGUGAAGAAAGAUAUUGCCCCGCAGAUAUCCCCGCUGGAAAAGAGGUUGCAGGACCUGGGUGCUAUCCGUGAGGAUGGAAGUGACAAGUUUUUUGGUAUGGAGAACUACGGAAACACCUGUUACUGCAAUUCCAUUCUCCAGUGCCUCUACUACUCGGUCCCUUUCCGCGAAGCCGUCAUCAACUACCCGCAACGAACGCCACUUGACACCCUGGAGGCUGCUCUCGCAACAAACCUGCGAUACCAGAACCCCACAGCCUAUCUCGAAGCCGAGGCCUUAGCCGCAAAGCAAAAGGCUACCUCGCCACCGUCAGCGCGCCAGGCCGGCGCACCCCCGAAUCAACCACAAAAGCCCGAAGAUAAGGACUCGGCUGAAUACAAGAAGAAGGUUGCGCUACAGACGCUUCCUAUUCUGGAAACGAAAAAUAAUGCGGCUAGUUAUGGAAUGUCGGAAUCCCUCUUCACCUCGCUGAAGGAUAUCUUCGAGUCAGUGGUGGGGAGUCAAUCGCGCAUCGGCGUGGUCCGUCCACAGCAGUUUCUCGACGUCCUACGACGAGAAAACGAAAUGUUCCGGUCUGCCAUGCACCAGGAUGCGCAUGAGUUUUUGAACCUACUGCUCAACGAGGUUGUCGCCAACGUCGAAACAGAAGCCACAAAACAAGCGUUCGCGGAAAAGGCUUUGCCACCAACAGAGAGUGAGGACUCCCUAGGGAUGCUGGCAUCCACAGGCUCAAAGUCACCAAACACCACGAGGUGGGUCCACGAAUUGUUCGAGGGAACUUUAACCUCUGAGACCAAAUGUCUCACUUGCGAGAAGGUCUCACAAAGAGACGAGGUGUUUUUGGACUUGUCGGUGGAUUUAGAACAACACUCAUCUGUCACUUCAUGUCUUCGAAAGUUCUCGGCGGAAGAGAUGCUUUGCGAGCGAAACAAGUUCCACUGUGACAAUUGCGGUGGUCUUCAAGAAGCGGAGAAGCGCAUGAAGAUCAAAAGAUUGCCCCGUGUAUUGGCAUUGCACCUGAAGCGUUUUAAAUACACAGAAGACCUGCAGCGCCUGCAGAAACUUUUCCAUCGUGUCGUUUACCCCUACCACCUUCGUCUGUUCAACACCACAGAUGAUGCCGAAGACCCAGAUCGACUCUAUGAAUUGUAUGCGGUGGUAGUUCAUAUUGGCGGAGGACCAUACCACGGACAUUACGUUGCCAUUAUCAAGACCGAAGACCGUGGCUGGCUGCUGUUCGACGACGAGCUUGUUGAGCCGGUUGACAAAAACUAUGUCCGCAACUUCUUCGGAGAUCGCCCUGGCUUGGCUUGCGCCUAUGUUCUGUUCUACCAAGAGACUACCCUCGAGGCUGUUAUGCGGGAACAAGCACAGGAAGAUCAGGCCUCAAUGAGUGCAGCGUCUGAAGCAGGCGAUGCCGCAAAGCAAAAUGGCUACCCACUCUCCACACCGCUGUCCCAUGCGCAAAGUGCAACUCAGCUGCCUUCUGACGACUCCUCUCGCCAUACACCCCUCAGCCGCAUUCCCACGGCACCUCCACUGUCAACAUAUCCAGAAGAACCCUCGGAGCCGAUGUCACCCCUACCAACUUCCCCGCAGCCCGUUCAGCCCGUCCAGCCUGUCCAGCCACCUCUACCGCCGAUACCCGAUGAACCAACCCCUCCAUUGACCCCGAAAAAGAGCGACCACCAGCUGCGCAAGGAGAGACGCGCCCAGGAGAAGGAGAAGGAGAAGAACGAGAAGACUCGUCAGAAAGAGCAAGAUCAACAGAAUAGAGAAAGACAGCGACGUGAAGCCGAGGACUUGAGGAAAGCCAUUGAAGCCAGCAGAGCCGACGCAAGUGAUGUCGGUGGCGAGAAUGGAUCCCCCAGGAAAUCAACAAGCUUCGGUUUCCUGAAGCGAGGCAGCCGCAGCAUCAGCCAUCGGCUCAGCAAAGACAAAGAACCCCGGGUGUCAACAUCUGACCUCUCGACCUCACCACUUCUUCCCACAUCGGUCCCAGAAGCGCCCAAAGAGGUGCCCACAGAGGCAGACUCAACUUUGCCCAAGCCUAUCAAAUCAAUCCCCAUGUCCUCCCCAAUUCAAUCCCCCAUCUCUCCGCGAGAAUUCUCGCCGUUAUCAAACCCGAAACAGCCAAUUCGGGGCACCGAUUCGUCUCUUACCAAAGACCAUAACCACGACAAGCCCACCCACCGGUGGCGAUCGUUCAGUUUCAAGAAGGUCUCUUGA